AUUUUCUUCUGUGGUUUGCUGAACCAACAGUGGAGAAUAAUUAUGGAUAUCCGAAAAGCUUCACUUUUGUUCUUGAUGGGAAUGCUAAGUUCUGAAAUAAUGGCCUGGGUUUAUAAUGGCACUUCUCAAGAAGAUCUGAUGACGAAACUCAGGGAAGUAGGGACUAUUAAGACAGAAAGAGCAUUUAACAUCUUGAUGGCCACAAACCGCAGCCAUUACACAAAAAUCAAUCCCUACCAGGACUGGCCACAAAAAAUUGGCUACAAAUCUAGAAUCAGUGCGGCUCAUCUGCAUGCCUAUGCCUUGGAUGCACUCAAUGAUAAGCUGAGAGAAGGAGCUACUGUACUGGAUGUAGGUUCAGGGAGCGGCUAUCUCACCAGCUGUUUUGCCAGAAUGGUGGGUCCUACUGGCCGUGUGAUUGGCAUAGAACACAUUCCUGAGCUUGUGGAACAGUCAAUUGCCAAUAUCAAUAGUGAUGACCCCACUCUUCUUACUGGUGGCCGCAUCCAGUUCUUUGUCAGUGAUGGGCGUUUAGGAUAUCCUGCUGCUGCUCCCUAUGAUGUCAUUUAUGUUGGUGCUUCCACAGUCGAGGUUCCUAAGACGCUUCUUUCACAGCUGAAGCCAGGUGGCAGGAUGGUCUUGCCUGUUGGGAAAUAUGGUGGGAUACAGUACCUUGAGCAGCAUGACAAACAAGAGGACGGUACUGUGGUCAUAAAAAAAAUGAUGCGUGUUCAAUUCAUACCUUUGACAGAUGAAACAGCACAAAUGCAAAGGAAUGAAUUGUGAGCACCAUUUAAAUUAAAGAAGAGUUCCUGUGGAUACUCAACAGUGGUCUGAUGAACCAUUUUGGAGGAACUCUUUGAAAUAUUAAUCAACUCUCAGCACCUACAAUACCAUUCUUUAAUUGAACUUCAAUUCAUUUACUUAUACCUCAAUCUGCUGAUGAACUUAAUAAUAAAUGUCUUGUCUUCUGUA